AGCUGCGACAGACGCGUCUGUGGAAGUUAUUCUUCAGUGAUGCAGGCGGACAACAGAGGGACAAAGUGUUUAUGUCCACACAGAAGACAAAAGGAUGACAUGUGAGCACCUGAGCCGAGUGUUGGCGCUCUGCGUGCUUCUCUGCGCGGUGCGAGCCGCUUCCUUCAGCCAGGACGCGCGGGACUUCCACACGAAAGUGGAUAUGAUGCUGAAGGAAGAGCCAGUGAACCCCAAGUGCUUUGCUGAAGGCAGGAACGACCUCACGUGCUUCUGGGAGGAAGACGAGGAAAGGGCCGGUUCUGUGGAUCAGUACUCCUUCACGUACACGUACCAAAAUGAAAACAGUAGCCGGUGCCCGCUGAGAGCCGUCCCUGCAGCCGACGGGAAGAUGCUGUUCGUCUGCCACAUGAAUCAAACCCAGAUCUUUGUGAUGAUGGACAUUCAAGUCCACCGGGAGACGAAGCUGAUCCACAACCGCAGCCUCUACAUCGAGCUCGUCUUUCUUCUCGACCCUCCUGCCAACGUGACGGUGAACCACACGGGGAACCCGGGUCAGCUGAGGGUCACCUGGCUGCCGGUUCCCUUCAAGUACAUGAACGACGCCAUGAAUUACGAGGUCCGCUACGCCCCAGCGGACGGCCAGCCGGGGGAGGUGGAGGAGGUGAAAGCGAGUUCCGAGCUGAUCCUGAGGAACCUGCAGCCGGGGACAAAGUACGAGGUGCGAGUCCGCGUGAAGCUGGAUGAGCUCAGCUACAACGGCUACUGGAGUUCCUGGAGUGAGCCGGUGUUCAUAGAAACACUGCCGGGAGUGUUUAAUUCUGUGGCUCCUGCAGAAUUCGACCCGCUCAUCAUGUCCCUGACUCUCAUCAUCUCCUUCAUCCUCGUUGUGCUGUCCCUCACCGUCCUCCGGUCCCACCGCAGGUUUCUUACAAAGAAGAUUUGGCCGACUAUCCCGAGUCCUGAGGGCAAGUUCCAGGAUCUGUUCACAGUUUACGGUGGAGACUUCCAGGAGUGGUUAGGCCACAGCAACGGAGGCUUGAGGUUGGCUCCAGCGUUCUUCUGCUCAGAGGAACGCCCCUCGGCCCUGGAGGUGCUGUCGGAGCUCAGUUUCUCCCCGGCGCUGCCCUCUCCUCCUCUGCCUCCCAAAGUCUCCAGAGCUCCACCCGCAGACCGGAAGGAGCAGGUGGACGUGAAGUGGCCGGAUGAGAGGGAGACGUUAGAGAGGAGAGCAACGCCACCUGACCACUGGCUGAUGGAGCGGCUACGUGCCCUCCACCAGCAGCCCAUGCCCGUCUCCCAGUCCUCUCUGCUGGAGUCUCAGGACACAUACGUCACUCUCAGUAACCACAACCACAGCGAGGCCGAGCCCCUGGAUGAUAUUCUAGAGGAGACCUCACCCCUCGAGGUGCUCUUUGCCUCCAGGAACACUGCGCUGUGUGAAUCCCACUCUGACCUGGGGUCAGUGCAGCAGAGCUCCGGGGCUCUUUCGUCCCAGUCCAGCUUCGAGUACCCAAACCACCCCUGGAACCCCAAGGGCCCGGGGUACACCUACAUGGCAGUGGCCGAUUCCGGGGUCUCCAUGGAUUACAGCCCCAUGAGCAGAACGGACAGUAUCGGGAAAGUGGUUAUCUACGCCAACGGGUUUAAUAAUGAGAUCCCCUCGAGCAGGAGGCCGUUCCUGCCGCGGCAUCAGCCCGUGCUCGGUGAGGGCUGAACCAAAGAGACUCAAACCACAUAGCCUCACGUCAACUGUUAAAAGGAGAAUCCAGGGUUCUGUCUCGGACUGGAACACGGAGUGGACUCACAGCUGAAGGACUCCGUGUCCACUGGAUGUACAUUUCUACUUUUGCCAAGUCAUCCCCGAUCUGUAGAGGACAACACCAUUACAUGGAAAUGGCAGCUGUGGCUUCUGCGAGGAAAUAUUCAUGUUUGAGAUAAGUUUGGUAUAAUUUUUUUAAGCUUAUAUAACCAAAAAGCUUUUGGUUAUUGUUAACAAUACGGGCUGAACCGUUUUCUGCCCCUUCUCAUUUUUUUAUUUUGUCAACAGUUCCCUGUUCCGCUCUCCUCCAAUUUGUCUAAAUAAGUUUAAAAUUCAUCUAAUAAUAUAUUUACGCAUGAUAAACAAUAUAUAUAACAUUUAUACUUAAUAUUGAAGCAAUUUAUCAUAUAAUACACUUAAAUACACAAGUUAAUAUGAAACAGAAAUUAGUAUGAACAUAAAAAUAUAAUAAAUAUAAACUAGUUAAUCUAAUCCAUCCUGUGGUUCCUAAUACGUUUCUGUUAAUAAAAACUUAACGUAGCUUCGGGAAGUUGCAAAAUACAGAAAGCCCAAAUAUUGAGUUUUACUUUAUUCAUGUGAUUUGUUGACAAUAACUUUCAGCCUCAAAUCUAAAUCGCUUUCACUUGAACCCGGCAGCUACAGAGUCAGUCUCAUUUCCAAAACUGAUAAAACUGUAUUUGUAAAUAAUAUUAAGUUUUGUUUUUGUAUUUUAUCACAGUUGUAUCAGAGAGUGAUCAAAAUCUUAAGUUGUUGUUAUUCCCAUAAAAACAUAUUCCUGAGCAAAUAAAAAACUAUUUCUACUGUAGGCUGUGCAGGAAAGUUUUAAUAUUCCUUCUCAGGAAACUGUAGAUGGAAUUUAAACCUAAUUAAAAUCAACACUGCCGUCUAAAGAGUAAAGCUCACGUGAUGUUUCAGAUUUAUUCAUUCCUGUGUUGUUUUUUUAUGCUUCUUUGCUUUUGUGGCUUUGGAGAAUAUUUAGUUGCUGAAAUUGUAUCUGCUCUUAAAGUAUAUGAAUAUAUUUCUACACAUUUCUGACUUAAAUGUUGUAAAAAAAAUAAAAGUAGUGUGACGAACAAGUAACUAACUGACAACUAAAGGUUUGAACCAACUCUCUUCUAAGUUGUUCACAGCAGCAGUUCCUCCAUCUUUCCUCGUUCUCCCACCUUGGACAGUUCUUCAGUUUAUCAACGUGUCGACAGAGAAACAAACCACUCACACAUAAAGUCAAUUUAGAGUCUUUAAUUAAUCUGCAUGUCUUUGGACAGAAAAAUCAUGAUUAUUUAAUAUGAUUAUCUUUUUAUUUUUUUUACUAUUUGAAAUCUUACUAAUAUGGGACAGCCAGUAUAUUUUUAGAGGGGGAGGUUAUUUUUUUCAGUCUCAAAAGGAAAACAGUGCGUUUUUAAUUGAAAUUUUAGAAUCUUAAAUUUGUAUUUACUAACUACUGGUUCCUUCAAUCUUUUCAAUCCUCAAACAUUUCAAGUUUUUUCCUCUCGGCCGUGACGUUGUUUAUUUUUCUGAUGUGUAAACUACUUCAACUGUGAUAUCAUCACCCAGUUUAGUUCAAUUUGUAAAUCAAUGGUUUCCAACCAGACUGGACUUGAGUAGCGUUGAUUAAGGGAACAAACAUUGAUACUAUAUAUAAAAUAUAUGUUUAUUUGAAUUUACAGUAUGUUUUUGACAUUUUAACUCUGUGUAUGAUUUCAAAGUUUAACUCAUUAAACAUUUUACAUCUACAAA